ACUGCUAUUCAGUUACUGCUUCAACGUGAACAAGUGCGCAUCGUCGCUACGCAGAAGAAACGAGAUUUUCCGCUGGUUGAAAUUUCGUCGUGCGCUCACUCACGGGAUUGUUUUGAUUUUUCCGCUCUCGGCAGCUGCGAAAUCCGGUGAAGCUGGCAGCCGGGAAAAGCAUCGCGCGUGUGUCAUCGUCGGCGGCGGUGGAAAACUGUUGACGAGGUGUGUGGGUGUGUGUCGGUGGUUGAAUGGCAUACGGCCGGCGCUGCAGGAGUGGGCCACGAAAACAAAAAGGAAAAAUCACUAUGAACCACGAGAGCAAGUGAAUGAGGUGAAUACACACGAGUGGAAUUGUUCUUGUUGUUUUUCGUGUGCUCAGUGGAUUACUAGGAUCGGGCUCGUGGUAACUCGAAACACUCAGCCUACAAUGCGAUGUUGGCUCUGAACCCAGUGAAAAAUAAUAGAAGCACAGUGCGCUGAUAUUUUCAGUUAUUUACAGUUUUUGUUUGUUUGUCGGAAUAUCAGUUUUUGUGUUUGUUGCGUUUCGCGUUCUCAAGCGUCGAACAUCGUAAAGCAGAAGAGCUCGAUAUAUAUUUUUUUGUUGACGGUGUGCUUCGGAUGAAAAAUAUUUGAACGAGUAUUACACUGUGUUGUAAGGACAUAAAAGACAAUUAUUAUUGAUGUUGUAAUAAAACAUUUUCAAUUUCUGUACCGACAUUGUUUUCCUGUCCGGAAUGAAAAACUGAACUUUUUUUUGUCAAAUGAAGAAGAUGGAGAAGAGUUUUUGCAUUUGCAGUUUUUCUCAUUACAAGUGAACCCUGCGAUAAACAUGAAGGGCUAUGAGUGAUUUCCAAUUAAGAUUGACCGUCGAAUGACUGCGUCACAAGAGCGGCACCUGCCUUAGCUGCCGAGUAGUGAUAGUGUAGUGAUUGAACAGAGAACACAGAGAGCAUGCUGGAUCCGGUGCGAAAACUAAGCACAUCGGGCUGCCCCGAAUGUUGCAACGGUGCCUAGUCGAAGGAUCGCGUGUUGCUGAAUGCCAACAGUAGCCAGAAGACGGAAACACACCACUCCUAUGUAAACUAUUGAAGAUCGCAAGGAGUUCUGUUUUUGUUGUGUUUAGUUCGCGAUUGUUGUUCCGAUUGUAGUGAUAUAUUGUUUAUUAGUUUGUAAAUGGAUACCAAAUUUCGUCGGCUGUAACAGAAGUGGGCGACUAGUGUUUGUUAUGUUAGUACCUGGAGCGUUGGCCGAUUGAGUUCAGCGAGUAGUUUCCGUCGUUGAAGUUUGCAACUGUAGCAGUACAACCAUCGCUAGCCCCGCAGCAGAGAGUGAGGACGGAGACGUGCUCACCGAAAUUUCCUCCCCCAGAACGACGUUAGAUAAUAUGGCCGCAUAUGCACAAUUUAGUUACACAUAUCCGUCGGCAAGUCAGUUGUUGGUUGGUGGUGGACAGACGACAACCGCCAGUUCACAGUCACCAAUCUCGGCCACGAACGCUCCAUCAUUGAGCCCGGGUGGUUCGGCAACAGGCGCGCCAUCAGGUGCCUUAAGCCCCGGGGCUGUCUCACAAACCUCAAACAAUGCGCCACCGGCAACCUCCUGCUGUGAGAAUGGCAGGCCUAUUAUGACCGAUCCUGUAUCAGGACAAACCGUAUGCUCCUGCCAAUACGACUCUGCCCGGUUAGCACUGUCCAGCUACUCCCGGAUACCAACCGGUAGCGUUGGCGUGUACGGCACUCCCUACCCGUCAACCGAGCAGAACCCUUAUCCAAGUAUCGGAGUAGAUAGUUCAGCAUUUUAUUCACCUCUUAGCAACCCGUAUGCUUUAAAAGAAAGUGGACCAACUAGUGAUAUGACCGCGUGGACAUCCGCUGGCCUGCAGCCCACGACCGGAUACUACCCGUACGAUCCCACACUGGCGGCCUAUGGAUAUGGCGCUGUUGGUGUGAUUUCAGAUUCGAAAACGCUCAAUGAUUGA